GGCCAUACAUGGAUCUCUUCAGCGUCAUUGUCGCAUUCUAUUGUAAGGGAAAUUCAAAGGAAAAAUGGAUUGAACAAAAAUAUGUAGAAUUACACACAGCAAGAAAAAUGCAAAACGAUUGGUAAAUUUUGUUACAGCAUCUCCUGAAGAACAAAAAUCCACUUUUUCGACCCAAAGAUUUUUCCGGGUCAACUUCAUGCCCCUCCCUGACCCGCACCCAUUGCAUGUAAGUUAAUUGUAUUUAGCCUUUUGCUUGAUCUGGUUUCAUAUACAAAACCCCAAGUGAAAGAAUUUAUAUUUCUUUUUUCUUUUUGGGUGCGGGGCCUAGGCUUUCAAUGACAUGUUACAUUGUAAUGUGAUUAUUCUUGUUUGGUUUUGGGAGGUGUGUAUGGAGAAUUGACGAGUUUUUUGAUUUGAUCAUUUCCAAAGAAAGGUUAUUGAUUUUAUUUUUAAUUUUAUUUUUUUGGAUUUAUGGAGUGUUGUGUUUGAUGCCACUGUAUUAAGUAUUUGCAUGAAAAUUGGAGGUGGGGUCACAAAGAUUCUUGUAAAAAAAUUGUGUUUAAGACAUUUGGAAGUGGAAAUAUUAUUUCUUUUGAAGCCUGUUAAGAGUUGGUAAAGGUAAAUUCAGCAAAAAGUUGACCUUUUUGUGGCCUCGGGAAAUUGACCUGAGGUUUAUCUGAAAUUAUUCAUGAAAAGCAUUUUCUACUUCUUUGAUGCUGAUUCAAGGGCAAAUGGGUGUGAGAGGAGUAGUUCAUUUAUUUGUAGUAUUCUUUCUGCUUUUCACUUUGGUAGCUGCAAAUCCUGGAAGCAACAAGGACUCAGAAGAUUAUUUACUUGCCAAUCUCAUUAGCUCUGUGGAGAUUAACAGAGACAUGGUAGAGCUAUUGUGGUUGAACUGUAGGAUAGAGUUAAUACGUGCUAAUGAAGCUGUUGUAGAUCUUGAGUAUUAUGUUGCAAAGGAAGGUUCAAGUGGGAAAGACGAAGUCCUUCUUGACAGUAGGUCAGAAAAACAUAAGCAUGUCAAUGUCAUGCAUCCGCUGGUUAAGCAAGCUCUUCUAGGUUGUUUGAGGGAAAAAAAUCUCCUGUUUCUUAUAUGCGGAGAGGAGAAGGGCUCGCCAAAUUGGUAUACCAAGUGUGUGGAGUGUCUCCUUUCCUGGCACCGAGCUCCUAAACGGCGAAAACUGAAAGCAGCCCCUAAUCCACCACCUGCUCCUCCUAAUUCAAAGUCAUCUAAAUCAAAAGAUGACAAAAACUCAAAAAAGAAAUCUGCAGGUAAAGGCAGUAAGAAAACAAGCACUCCUGGGGUUCCUAUUAUUGCGGCUGCUGCUGCCGCAUCUGUUCUUAUUGCAAUCCUGUGUAUAUGCUGUUGUUGUAAGUGUCGUGGGAGAUCGAAAAAGGGGUUGAAUGAUGAGAGGCCUCUUCUUAGUUUAAGCUCGAGCGACUAUUCAUCACAUAAGUCAUCUGCUUUAGGAGCUUCAUUCAGUAAUCAUUCAGUCAAUAAGAAUCCCCAUGAUGAUUCUAAGAUUGAGAUUGGAAGGACGGCCCCCGCUGGAAUGCCUCCGUUGAAACCUCCCCCUGGUAGGAUGAUUACUUCCGAAGCUCCUGCUACGGCAGCCUCAGCCCCACCCCCACCUCCGCCUCCAGCAAAGCCAUCAACUCCUGCACCACCUCCACCACCAGUUAAGCCUAUUGGCCCACGUCCCUGUGCACCUGGACCUCCUCCUCCACCACCUAUAAAGCCUGGUCCUCGACCACCACCUCCAGGCAGUGGUCCACCUCGGCCACCUUCCACGGGCUUGAAGCCACCUCGACGUUCCCCUGCUGGACCAAAUGCAUUCGCAACUGACGCAGAAGAUACCGAUGCUUCCAAAACUAAGCUUAAGCCUUUCUUUUGGGAUAAGGUUCAAGCCAACACUGACCAAUCAAUGGUUUGGGAUCAAGUCAAGGCAGGAUCUUUCCAGUUCGAUGAAGAGCAAAUAGAGAGUCUAUUUGGAUAUGCCUCUGCUGAUAAAAAGAAGAAUGGGUCAAAGAAAGAAUCCUCCCAAGAUGCUUCCAACCUAUAUAUUCAAAUUAUUGAUCAGAAGAAAGCACAGAAUUUAUCUAUUCUUCUUAAAGCCUUAAACGUGACAACUGAAGAAGUUUGUGAUGCACUGAAAGAAGGAAAUGAGCUUCCUUCUGAACUCAUACAAACUUUGCUUAAGAUGGCACCAACGGCAGAGGAAGAAUUGAAGCUGAGGCUCUAUAACGGGGAUCUUUCUCGGCUUGGGCAGGCAGAGCGGUUCCUGAAAGCAUUGGUUGAGGUUCCAUUUGCAUUCAAGAGGCUAGAAACGUUGCUUUUCAUGUGCACUCUUCCGGAUGAGGCAUCAAUUAUUAAAGAAUCAUUUUCCACUUUGGAGGCUGCUUGCACAGAACUCCGGAAUAGCAGGCUGUUUCUCAAGCUCCUUGAGGCUGUUUUGAAAACAGGCAAUCGUAUGAAUGAUGGAACAUUUCGUGGUGGUGCACAAGCAUUUAAACUUGACACGCUUCUGAAAUUAUCGGAUGUAAAAGGAAUAGAUGGGAAAACUACAUUGCUGCAUUUUGUUGUUCAGGAGAUAAUCCGCUCAGAAGGUAUACGAGCUGCUCGUGCUGCCAGGGAUCAACGGAGUAUGUCUAGCAUCAAGUCCGAUGAUCUACUCGAGGAUUUACCUCAGGAUUCAGAAGAUUACUAUCGGAGUACUGGUUUACAGGUUAUCUCCGGUUUGAGUAGUGAUCUUGAAAAUGUGAAAAGAGCUGCAAUUCUAGAUGCAGAUAACUUGACAGGCACAGUGUCCAAACUUGGCCAUGCACUUAUAAAAGCUCGUGAUUUCCUAAAUUCAGAGAUGAAGAACAUAGAUGAUGAAGAUGGGUUUCACCAGACUAUGAAGAACUUUGUGCAGAAUGCUGAAGGUGAAGUCAUGUCAUUGCUUGAGGAAGAAAAGCGAAUUAUGGCUCUUGUUAAGAGUACGGGUGAUUAUUUCCACGGAAAUGCUAAGAAGGAUGAAGGUUUGCGAUUGUUUGUAAUUGUAAGGGAUUUUCUGGUUAUAUUGGAUAAGGUAUGCAGAGAGGUGAAAAAUGCUCCAAGAAAGCUAAAUAGCACACCAAAGAAAGAACAUGUAGCCGUUACGACUUCAGAAUCCACUCUUUCACCGCGACCUGAUCAAUCAACCUAUUCACCACGACCUGAUCAGCGUCAGAAGCUCUUUCCGGCUAUCUCAGACAGGCGAAUUGAUGAUUCUAGUUCGGAUGAUGACACUCCUUGAGUACCAGGGCCGGCUCUAAUGUUGUUCCAAGGAUCUGAAUACAACUACAACAACAACAGCCAUGUCUCAAUCUCAAGCAAGUUGAAGUCGGCUAUAUGAAUCUGUAUUGUCUAUGUCGCUCCAUUUAAACCCGUCUCAGUCCAAUAACUGCUUAGGAAUCUUAGAACAUGGGCUAAAAUAUUCUUUCGUUAUAGAACCGGGGCAUGGUAGAUAGGAACGCGGAAGAGAUUGACUUGUUGCUUGAUAGGCUAACUUGAGCGGAGCAGAGACCUGAGAAAAGCUAUGCCUUCAGAGAUGAUCUGCUACAUGGCUCUACAUCAAUGUGGCCUUUUUUGCAUUUCCACUUGUACUUAAAAGUAGCUAGGAUCAUUCAAUUUAUUCUUUGUAAUUAUUUUUUGUCAAUUUUGCUGAUAAUUCUUCAUUCAAAUGGAAGUAGCCUGUGCAUUAUUUAUUGAUCGUGUUUGCAAGAAAGAAAAUGUAAAUA